UAAACAUCUGUAUCGUCCAGUUUCCCACCAAUAACCCCUGAAACGCGGUGGAGAGAGAAAGACAUGAAGCUACUGAUACUCUUCUUCGUGGCGGCUGCCGUCUUCUCCUCGGUAUCAUCGAGGAGGAUCAUGUCGGAGAACAGGGCUUUCUACGUCCGUCGGGCACGGGAAUCUGCCGCAGACAACUUUGCACCAGAGAACUAUCGCUUCCAUAACACUCGAAAUUCAGCACAAUUGCAGAAUUCAGCUGCAAACAACCCUCCACUUAAGAACACUGCCGAUAACGACUUUUAUGCACAUGACAUCGCAGAUGACGUGCCGGUCAUCAAGACGGCUCAGUCUUCCAACAAGUUCGACCAUCACGAGUCCUUUUUGGGUCCGUCGGUAGGAGACAUUUUUGGUGCCGCAGAACUGACCCAGGCCGAGGUGGUGGUGCUCGUGGGCAGCGGCUUAGGGUCGCUGAUGAAGGCUUCCUUGGACAGCACGUACGGCACAGGGCUGCAGGAGUUCAGAGACGUGAGUCUGGCCAUGAUCCAUGCUGGCAAUAAGGUCCUGGAGAACCGAGUGGCUAACGGCAUUCCAGUCUCGCCAAAACGUUUCGAGAACCUUCGGAAGGUCGAGGAGCGCAUGUCCGCCGUGCUGGAUGCCCUCGCCGCCACGUUUGACCAGAACGAACACACCGUGUACUCCCUCUCCAGAUUCUUUGAGGACUUCGACUUUGAGCCCGUGGAAAGGUCCCGGUACCUGGCGAGGGUGCUGCCGACCAUCAGCAAGGCAGUCUUCCAGGUCGACGACACCACCACGGCGGAGAAACUCAGAGACGCCUACAACAUCUUCCUGCCGGCCACCAGAAAAUUCUUCGAGGAGCGCAUCGAGGAAGGAAAGCCGGUGACCGAGCAGCAGCUGGCCAUGCUGGAGAGGGCCGAGCAACUCAUGCCUCCCCUCAUGCAGGCCUUCGUGACCGUCGUGCAUGACCCGUUCCUCGUCAACUUCAUGCAGAAGCUGGAACUUGACCCCGCGGAAAGAGCAAAGUACUUGGUCUCCGGAUUCUUCGCUUCCAUGGACGCAAUCUUCGCUGACCCCAACGCGUCCGUGGCCCAGAAGAUGCGGGACGUGACGCUCGCCUUCAUGCCGCCGUCCCGCCAGGUGUUCGAGGACCGCCUGGAGCAGGGCAAGCCCGUCACGCAGGAGAACCUCGACAACCUCGAGAGGAUGGAGAAGACGCUGCCCAUCAUCCUGGACGCCUACGUCAAGAUGAGCGACGAUCUUGGCAUCCCUUAACAAGUGACCUUUUUUUAUGAAGACCGACGAUGAACGUUAAGCAGCUCGUGGUGUUGUUCUCUACUAUUUAUUCAAGGCAGCUCGUGGUGUAAUUAUUUAUUGCAGGAAGUUUUCCCCGGAGUGCAGCAUUUUAUUUUUAUUAAGAAUAUAAUAUUUGAAAUAUUCCCUAACGAGCAGGUAAUGCAUUUUCUAAGUAUUCUUAAUGCUAAACAUUACUGUAAAUACAAAUAUUAUCUUAAUAUUUAAAUAAAUCUUUUAAUUUUUCCUCAUUCAA